AUGCAUGGAUUAAAGAGUGACGAUUUUUACAAAACCUCUGAGGAGAGAGAAACCUUUGAAAGGAAUCUCGAGAAAGGUUUCAAAAUUUUGGAUUUCUUUGUAGAUUAUUCCUCUAAACUUGAAGCUACAACAACUUUCAACUCGAUUGUAAACCAAGUUUGUGACUCAGAUAAGAAAAUGUUUGAUUUGUCAAGUGUAAUAAUAGAGUUUAUGCCGGAAUUCACACCUGCAUGGAACUAUCGCAAAAAAUUUAUCCAAAAGAACGAAUCAAAUGACCAGAAUAAAUUACUGGAGUCACUUAAAAAUGAAAGAACUUCAACAUAUACCAGCUUAAAGAAAUCACCGAAAAGUUAUUCAGUAUGGCAUCACAGAUUGUGGUCGAUAACGUCUUUAUUCAACUUAGAAGAUCCAAAUAUACUUGAUUUACUACUUGAGGAGGUUAAAUUAUGCUUCAAGCUGUUCACAUUUGAUGCGAGAAACUUCCAUUGUUGGAAUUAUUUUAACUUUAUUAAGCAUUAUUUAAACCUUUUGAAGCCAGAAUCAAUUGAUUGGCGUAAGUUGGCAUCUGAACAGAUUUUAAAUUUGAUUAACGUCAAUUUCUCAAACUAUUCAGCUUGGUUUCAAAGAACAAACCUUCCUUAUCAAAAACACACCCUGGCAGAUGAUCUGGAAUUACUUAAACAGGCAAUAUAUACUGACCCAGAAGAUAGGUCUAUUUGGCAUUACCAUGACUGGCUUUUAUUCAAAAGAAACACUUUACCUACCUACUUAUGUUAUGUUAAUUAUAUGGAGGAGUGUAAAACUUUUAACUUGUAUUUCAACGACAACGUUAGACUGGAUACUGAUUCUAGCACCUUUUACAAAAACGAAUCGGUAAAAUUGAAGGGAACAUGGAAACCUACUAAACUAAACUUGGGAAUUUCACUUCUAUGGUCCUUUGUUGUCAGCUCAGAUGAAGAUUUGCGAGGAUUAGCUAAACUUGAGCUGGUUAUUUUGAACACAAGGAUUGAAUACUAUUCACUGUUAUUAACUAAUCCUAACUUUUUUAAUAAAAAGGUUGACAGUGAAGAAUCUGGUUUCAGUAGAAUUAAGCUGGUUUAUUUUACUCAAAAAACCGAAGUUGACUUGGAAAGUUUAAAGUUUUAUGAGGAGCAAGACCGAGAAUGGUUGGAAAAUGAUAAGGUUUCAAAACCAGUUAAAGUGGGAAACGAACUCUUAUCUAUGGCCCCCGAUGUGACCCUGGAUACUCUAAGGAAUCAAUUAACUGUUAUAGAUGAAUUGAUAUCCCUAGAUUCUGAGAGAAAAUACCUUCUACUUACGAAGCUUAAAAUACUCAAGUAUCUUGACGAAGACAAAGAUGUUGAUAUAUUAUUUGAAAAGUUAACAGUUCUGGAUCCAUUACGGAAAGACUACUAUCGUUACAUGUUAAAAGUUCAUAAAGAAAGGUCUAAACUCAAGAAUUGUAAUUUAAAUGAUCAAAUCAAGGUCGAUUUUGGGGAUUUGUCACUUUCAAGGUUCGAUUUUAGGACUCUGCUUCCAUUUUUUGGGGUUCGAGAACUGAAUCUCAGGGGAAACAAACUCACUUCUAAAUCUUUAAGUGAUAUUUCAUCCUUCCUACUUCUUUUGGAGGCUUUAGAUUUGUCCUAUAACAAUAUAGAUGAUUUAGAAUCAGCUCUUUAUUCGCUGGGAAGCUUGAAACGUUUAAAAAGGUUUAUCAAAUUUAUUUCAUUAUUCAUUAGAUUGAAUCUAUCAGGUAAUCCUUUAAAGGUUUUAGGUCAUGAAACCAAACUUCAGUCACAUAUUGAGUUAGUUUAUCUAAUAUACCAAAUAUUUUCAAGUCAAAUCGUGGUAACUGAUACGCCAAUCUCUGAGAUUUUCACUAAAAUCUUACAUAUUGGAACUGAUAGACAAUGUUUACUUGGAUCACACGAAUUUAUUCUGGAAUUCAAUCACGAAGAUUCUAAGAAUCACGCUGUUCUCAAAAAACUCAAAAAUCGACACUAA